ACACUGUUUCAGAACCCAUUUAUAUUUAGUUAAUCUGUAUAAAUAUAGCCUCGGUGGACAUAACAUGAAUGGUCGCGUAUAGAAUAUAUUAAAUGUAAUCUGUAUGAACAUUUUAUGCUUGAGCAGGUAUUAUUUAUACAUAUAUACAUUCUGUGACGUCAAGAGCAAUGUGAUAACCUGGCUUUGAUAAAUUAGUAUUAUACACAAACUCACAAUAGUGUAAUAUUCUUGUACGGUAACUCCCACUUGGAGGUAAAACCAGAAUUUUGGAUUAAGUUGAACAGUUUUGAGCAUUGGAGAAAGAAUAUUGGAAUUAUUUGGGAAAGUUUGGAUAAAUUUAACUCAACCUGGUGCGGAGUGCUAACAAGGGGGGUUGAAUGAGCGGGCGGUAACACAGUCCCAGUGAGUGUGAGAGGAGUGAGCGUGUGUGAGACUGCACAAGGGGCCUGGAAACAGCCCCCUAACUGCCCCAGGAAUUGUCCCAGAACAGGGUAUUGACUAUCCAACAUGUCUGUCACCAUGGCAGAUGGAGUCAUUGAUGAUGGUAUGGAUGGGCCGCCAUCACAGUUCGGCCUGGAGCUGGAUGAGCUGAGGGAGCUCAUGAAGAUACGGAAAGCAGAAGGCUAUGAAACCGUACAGACCAAAUAUGGAGGCGUUAUGGAAAUGUGCAAAAAAUUGUACACAUCUGCUAAUGAGGGAUUAUCAGGCAGCCCUGUGGACCUGGAGCACCGACGUGCGGUGUUUGGUGCGAAUGAGAUACCUCCAAAACCAGCUAAGUCCUUCCUGCAGCUCGUCUGGGAGGCGAUUCAGGAUGUUACUCUCAUCAUUCUACUAUGCGCAGCUAUUCUUUCAUUAGCAUUAUCAUUCUACGAAGGGGCCGAACUUGAAGAGGACAAGCAAGGAGGUGAUUCUUCGGAAAAGGCAGCGGGUUGGAUCGAGGGAGUUGCAAUUCUUGUUGCUGUUGUGGUGGUAGUUUUAACAACUGCUUUUAAUGAUUGGCAAAAGGAAAAACAGUUUCGAGGAUUACAAGCUAAAAUAGACCAUGAACACCAGUUUACUGUAAUUCGUGGUGGGGAAGUUGUUCAAAUUCCAGUUGGAGAAAUUGUAGUCGGAGAUAUUUGUCUUAUAAAAUAUGGUGAUUUAUUACCCGCUGAUGGUGUAAUAAUUCAAAGUAACGAUCUUAAGGUGGAUGAAAGCUCACUUACUGGAGAAUCGGACCAUGUCAAGAAAGGCGAAGUCAACGACCCAAUGCUUCUGUCAGGCACUCAUGUAAUGGAGGGAAGUGGCAAGAUGUUGACAACAGCGGUGGGGAUCAACUCACAGACCGGCAUUAUCUUUGCCCUCUUGGGGGCCUCACUGGAGGAAGAAGACAAGCAGAAAAAGGACAAGAAGAAAGCUACACCUAACUCCGCCCCGGCUGACAACCCAGGAAACCAGGGGACUACAUCAGGCCCAUCACAGCCAUUGCUGAGCGACACAAGUGGAAAAGUUGACACUGAGGCGAUCAACCUUGAAGUGACAGGCAAUAGUCACCAUGGUAACGCGGGCCACAAGGUUAGCAACAAGAUUCCAGAGGAAGAAGAGGACCAGACUGACGAAGCGAAGGAGCCAGGACCAAGUCGCAAGGAGAAGUCUGUCCUCCAAUCAAAACUUACACGCCUUGCCAUCCAGAUUGGCUAUGGAGGUACCGCCAUUGCUGUGUUGACCGUCCUUAUCUUAAUUAUCAAGUUCUCGGUGAAGAGGUUUGCUAUUGAUGGCAAGGAGUGGGAGUGGGGUUACCUCAACUACUUCGUGAAUCACUUCAUCAUCGGUGUCACUGUGCUUGUCGUUGCUGUCCCAGAGGGCCUCCCAUUGGCUGUCACCCUCUCUCUGGCUUACUCUGUCAGGAAAAUGAUGCAUGACAACAACCUUGUACGUCACUUGGACGCAUGCGAGACGAUGGGUAACGCUACGGCUAUCUGCUCCGACAAGACUGGUACACUGACCACCAACAGAAUGACAGUCGUGCAGAGCUACAUAGGAACUGUGCACUACAAGUCAAUACCAAACUUCAGCACCCUACCCAAUACCAUCAAGGAUGUGCUUGUGAAAGCCAUCUCCAUUAACAGUGGCUACACCUCACAAGUUUUGAAAGGUGAACAGGAAGGGGAACUUCCCCGGCAGCUUGGCAACAAGACAGAGUGCUCUAUGCUCGGUUUUGUCCUUGACCUUGGUCAGAGUUAUGAAGCGGUCAGGAACGAUUACCCCCAGGACGUGCUUGUCAAGAUCUAUACAUUUAACUCAAAGAGAAAAUCAAUGAGCACAGUCACACACCUACCUGGUGGAAACUUCCGACUGUACACUAAGGGUGCCUCAGAAAUGGUCUUGAACAAGUGUGACUUCAUCCUCAACUGUCAUGGCAAGGCCGUACCAUUCCCAAUUAGCAAGCAGGAGGAAGUCAUUAAAACUGUGAUAGAACCGAUGGCUGGUGAGGGACUCAGAACCAUCUGUAUAGCUUACAAGGACUACAAGAAAGCUGGUGCAUCGGAGAGCGAUGAGAAGUUUGAUGAGGAGCCUGACUGGGAAGAUGAAGACGGGACUGUGAAGGGCCUCACUUGUAUCUGCAUUGUGGGCAUUGAGGACCCUGUCAGACCCGAGGUGCCAAAUGCCAUAUUAAAGUGUAAGGCUGCGGGUAUCUGUGUACGCAUGGUGACCGGAGACAAUGUGAACACUGCACGCUCUAUUGCCAUCAAAUGCGGCAUUUUGAAGGCCAACACUGAAUUCCUUGUUAUGGAUGGGAAGGAAUUUAACACUCGGAUCCGUGACCACAAUGGCAAGGUAUCCCAGAAGCUGUUGGAUCAAGUAUGGCCCAACCUGCGUGUGUUGGCCCGGUCCUCACCCACAGACAAGCACACCCUCGUCAAGGGAAUUAUCGACAGCAAGCUCAACCCUAACAGAGAGGUGGUUGCAGUCACUGGGGACGGAACCAAUGAUGGCCCAGCUCUUAAGAAGGCUGAUGUUGGAUUUGCAAUGGGCAUCUCGGGCACAGAUGUAGCUAAGGAGGCCUCGGACAUCAUCCUGACAGACGACAACUUCACCAGCAUCGUUAAGGCAGUGAUGUGGGGACGAAACGUGUAUGACAGCAUAGCCAAGUUCCUGCAGUUCCAGCUUACCGUCAACGUUGUUGCUGUCCUUGUUGCUUUCCUCGGUGCUUGCAUCAUUGAUGACUCUCCCCUAAAAGCUAUCCAGAUGUUGUGGGUGAACCUGAUUAUGGACACACUGGCCUCCCUUGCCCUUGCCACAGAACUGCCAGGCGAGGAACUCCUGGAACGCAAGCCCUAUGGACGCACAAAACCACUUAUCUCUCGAACUAUGAUGAAAAAUAUCUUCGGCCACUCUAUCUACCAGCUGAUAGUGGUCUUUGUUCUCUUGUUUGCUGGAGAGAAGAUAUUUGACAUCGAGAAUGGUCGUUUUGCCAAGCUUCACGCACCCCCUACUCAACAUUUCACCAUUAUUUUCAACACAUUUGUUAUGAUGACUUUGUUUAAUGAAAUAAAUGCCCGCAAGAUCCACGGACAGCGGAACAUAUUCGAGGGCCUACAGAGGAACCCUAUAUUUAUUGGAAUAUGGAUAGGAACUAUGAUUGGCCAGGUAGUAAUAGUGCAAGUUGGAGGAGUAGCAUUUUAUACGAAAGGACUCACUCUGCACCAGUGGCUGUGGUGCGUGUUCUUCGGAGUAGGAACCCUGCUUUGGGGGCAGUUAAUUACUUGUGUUCCAACCAGUAAAUUACCAAAACAUUUAUGCAGUUGGGGUAAGGGUGAGCCAGAAGAUGUUGAUAUGCCAGAUUAUCCAUCAGAUCCCAAUCAUGGGCAGAUGGACGGAACACGGGGGCGGGGACAAAUCCUCUGGGUUCGAGGCCUCACUCGUCUCCAACAACAAAUUCGUGUGGUGAACGCCUUCCAGACGGAUCUAGAUACCCUAUCAGGUAUGGAUAGUUACGAUAAACGUUCCCGACCCUCCGUUAUCAGUCUCCAGUCCCUGCAAGCGGCCCACAAACCCGGUUGUGUCUCGCGGAAGCCCAAUUUGCCUAGUUCUCCUGAGCGAGAGGAACCUGGGACUGGAAACAAUCCGUUCUUUGGUCGCCAAGAGAGCAUUCCAUAUGCUGAUGAAUGAAAAUGUUCACCAGAUCCCUAGUUGAGCUAUAUAUUUCAAUUCUGACUGGAGAAUCUUUACACCAUGUAAAAUUUGCCAGUCAUAGUGGUAGUUAGAAUAAUUUAUUAAAAUACUUUUACAAUUAUACUGUGGUUUUAACAAUGUUUGCAUAACUAUUUGAAAAUGACUGUUUUUUUGGCACUUUACAAAAAAUAAUGAUCUAAGGACAAAUCAUUUUAACAUUGUGUUUUCCUAGGAUAAAGUUUGGCUGAAGUAUAGUUUUAAAAGUGAACUGGCUGAUAAGCCAAUUAAAAUACUUUUGAACUGUGAAUGGUCCAGGAAUGUUGUAAAUUACAUCAACAUUGAUGUGGUCUCUUGUUAAAGAAGAGAACCUAUUUUAACAAAAAAGCAUUGCCAAGACUGGUAGGUUCUCAAUAUGAGCACAUUGUUUAAGAGCAUUUAAUGCCAUGCAGUCGAGUGCUGAAUGGUACACCAGCUGGCACUGCUAAUCAUUGACAAACAGUGGCCAUGAGUCUUGGUGUCUUGCUGGCAAGUGGUAUAUGUGCUGUUCUAUUUAUGAAGGAAAUGUCCUGGGGGGGGGGGGGAAUGUCCAAGUCCCCCAGUAAAAUUUGAGGCAAUUCUACGUCCAAGGUCUUGAGAAUUAUGCAAACCUAAUGCGAGGCGUGUAAUAUUAGGAAUGUUUAAAUUGUUACCUGAAAUAUUUGUUGUCAAGGGUUUUAUUUUAAUACUUCACUGUACAUGGAUUUUAAUGUAUUGAAUUGUAUUGUUACAUGUUUUACUCAGCUGAACAUGAUUUUUGAUAUGUUCACAAAGUUUAUGACAUGCUUUAUUGAUAUAUCAUGUCUGCAUAGAAAAAUAUAAUUAUUUAGAUAUUUUGAGUCUUCUUUUUUGGUAUUCAUUUGUUAUGUUUAUGGUGUUAUAGAAAACAUAUUCAAACUAAGCCAGCUUAAAUUAUAAUCCACAAAACCAAAUAAGUAUUCACUGUUUUGUUGUUUAUAUAUUAAAUGAAGGGAAAAUUAUUCAUUUUAGUUGUAUUUUAGCAAAUUUCAUUUAAGUACUGUUACAAUAUAGUUAUAAUAACAUGCAUGUAGAAUUUACAGUAAAAUGGAAUAUGUUCCCAUCAGAAUAUAAUGCACAAAGUAUUUUUAAACCAUUACUCCAUUAAACUAGUAUUUGUUUCUCUUACUAUUAUUUUUUCUGCAAAUAGAAUGUAAGGCUUAUCAGUAUUGUACAUGUACUCUAUAUUUUCUCUUAUGUUUAUUGGCUUGUGGAGAAGAAAAAACCUUUACCUCAAAACCAUGUUUGUACAUGUGUAUUAUUAUUGUGUGAAGUCACAUGAUGUAUUCUUUAUCACAUACUUUGCUCAUUUUGCCAGAAUAUUGCAGACGAAUCUGAUAGUUCUAAUGAUUUGUCUGAUGAAAUGAUUCAAAUUGUUUAAGGCAUUUAAUCCGAGGACUUACGACCUCAAACAAGAAUGUUUCAAUUAACACAACUCAGGAGCUUAUUCCUCCAACAAUCUUCAGCACCUUAUUGCAGAUAAAGGAUUGAGAAAUUAGCCCUUGCAGAAAUGAAUAAAUCCUUGUAAAUCUCAAAAUGAAAGAAUAUUAUAAGAGUGAUCCCAUAAGUUCAAUAAAUGUUUUCACAUUUAUAUAACCUGGUACAUAUUCUCAUUUGAUAGUACAAUUAUAAAAAUAAAAAUCAUAAUUAUUAUAAUAAUAAUGACAGUAAUAAUUUGGUAACAUUUCAUUUGCCAGCAACAUUUAAGCUGUUAUUGUGUUACAAAUGAACAUACUUUUUCUUGUUUGUAUUGUUGACUGAAUGUGUGACCUUGUUACAGAGAGUGGGCGACGGGGUAUGGAUGAGUGAAUAGUUUAAUGAUGCUAAUAUUUUAACUAUUUACUCCUUACACAGAUUUGCUAGUGUAGCUAAAAUAUCACUUCAUACUCCCAAGCAUAAUAUGAAUACUAGUUACAUAUGCUGAAGUUAAAUUUACUAAUAAUAAUUUCUUUCUGGUCAUCUGAAAUUAUGGCUCCCAUUAAACUAAUCUUUAUACAUUAGAAAAAUAACUGAAUUGAUAUGCUAUAGCGUAUAUAAACAGUUAAACUACUGAUAAUACUUGUAGAAUAGGUUUUGCUUUUCAUGAAAUAUAUUAUUUCUUUUUUAAACAAAAACAUUUUAAAUGCUACAAGGUUUUUUAAUAAAUAAAAAAAGUUAUUCUUUUAAAAAACAACAACUUGCCUUGUACUUCUGUUUUGAACUGUAAGGCCAAAAUGCUAUCAUAUAUGCCAAAAUUGACAUGUAUUAACAUUUACUGUUUAUUAGCCCUAACAAUAUGAUGAACUAGUCUGCAAUUCAAUUUUAGACAUUGAACAAUGCACAACAAUGUUAGAGUAGAUGUUAAACUCUUUUUUUAAAUGUUAAUCUUUCUUUUUUUAAAUAUUCUUUAUUAUAAAAAAUUUAAUGGUUAAAUUUUAAAUACUCAUCUUCAAAGUAGUCAUUUAAAAUUUGCUAUUUUGCAUGAUAAAUUGUUUAUGCACAGCAUAUGCAUGCGAGAAUGUCAUGUAUUAAUAUGUAAUACAAGCAUUUUUCUACAGGUACCCUCCAAAGAUCGGAUAGUCGCAUCUGCAACACGUAAACUCGUGCAGCCAUACCGGACAGCAGCAAGCUGCGUUCAUACAAAUGUGAACGGAUUUGUGUAUAUCUUGUAUAUUAUCAUUGCUUGAAUGUGAAUUUAGAUGCAGUCUCACUUAAAGUUUCGUGCCACUUUGGAACUGCAUGGGGACGAUAUGAAAUAUAUGCUUGUACAACUCAAUUGCUAGAAACCUUUUUAUUACACUUAACUACUUGCUUAUGAAAACAAUUUACAAAAGUGUUGUGCAUUUCUGUCUGGCACUUCAGCUUUAAUGCCAAAAACCUGUUUAUCCUUGAAAGUUUCAUAUAUUAGUAUUAUAAGUUAUAACCUUAUGCCAAAAAAACACACAUAUUUUUGUGUAUUUAAGUAGUUGACACAAAAUAUGUUAUGACUUUCAAAAAAUAGCUACUUAUUUCAUAUUAACAAGCAUUGUUUAUUAUAUAAACUGAUAUAUGAAUGAACUUUGCAUGCUUGGAACUAUUAGGGAUUUUCAUGCUUUAUGAAAAGGGGUUAUUCAUAUUGUUAUUUUUGCAUUUUGAAUAAUCCCUGUGUAAAGCAAUUCGAUACAAAGUAUAUUUAAACUUUCUAUUCGCUCAAUUAUUUACAGAAAAUUCCCCCAAAGUAUGAUUGCAAAUUGAUGUGUUCUGUAGUAUGGGUGUCUGCCUUUCACCCAAGGAUUCCUAGGUUCUCUCCCGACUCAGUAGUAGGCCUCUAGAAUGUAUUCAAAUAGGAACAUACUACAUAGUAUAUACUCGUAUGAAUCUGUGAGAUACAUGAACAUGCUGUUGUAGCAAUCUAGAUCAAUAAAUCCACAUAAGAUACUGGGUACUACAAACAUAAAUAUUGUAGGGUUGGUAUGAUACUUUCAUUGGGAAGGGGUAUGGGCUUUGGAUUCAUUAGGCGGGGGUCUUAAUGUCACAUCAGUACAGACCUGUUUAGAAAGGAUAUGAGGAUGAUUCAAGGGCAUGAGCUUAUGGCUGUCUUUCCAAUCAGAAUGAGUUCUAUGAAUGGUAUGGCAUGUGUUAAAAUGUUACACUUGGAAAAGCUUUCAUAUAUAUUUUGCCCUCACACUGCUGACAGCAACAGUUACAUAGCUGUUUAUGAGUGACUGUUUACACAUCACAAUGUUGGCAUAUUCAUUGUCCAAAAUACCAUCGUUUUUCUUUAAAAAUGUACAAGUUUGUAGGUAUUAAAAACCUAUAGAAUGUGCAAGUUUGUAUAUAAACAUGAAAAAAAUAUGAAUGAGCAUCUAUUUUUCUGCAUGAUGGACAGACCUGGUAUGAAGGUGAAUCUACUGACAUUUGAAGAAUGUUUUUGUAUAUUAAUUAUGACAAUUAUAAAUGACAAAAGAUCACUUUAGACCAUUAAAUGGGGAUGUUUUAAAUUUUGUUGGUAAUACAUGCUUAAAUGAUAAUAUACUUGUUAAUUUUUUUAACGAAUGUAUGAUAUUGCUGUAGACUUUAAAACUGUUCUUUUUUGUAGUUUAUUUAUAAAUUCAUAUUGAUAGUACAUGAAUGUAGUGACAAAAUUAUCAAGUUAUAACAUAUGAAUGAAUUUUGGAUUAAUGAUAUGAAUAUGUGCUUAAAAACUGAAAUAUUAUAUAGCAUUAUUGGCACAUGGUUGAAGGAUGAUUGUGAAAUUGUGUUGAUACCAGUUAUGAUUCAUAGUUUGAGAGCUCUAUUUUUGUUGAUAAUUUGAAUUAAAAUUUAUCAUAUUAAAGUUAUAUUGUAGUUCCGUUAAGUGAAUACUUUUAAAACUGUAAAAAAGCUUAACCGUGUAUAUACCUUAAAUGGAAAUUUGUAUGAAAACUGCUGUGACGGAAAAAUGAUUUCCAUCUUUGCAGAAGUACCUGUCAAUGUGUGAUUCCCGUGUCAGUAAAAGAUGAUUGUUGGUCUAAAUUUUGAUAGAUUUACAAGUGCUUUAGGUUCAUUUUAUUCUACUUACUCUUAUUUUUCUGGUGUAGUGUUUUUUAUUGUAAACUAUAUAAAAUGAAGUUAUUAUUUACACCUGUUGUAGCAUUCAGAUGCAUUCAUACAACUGGUUCAUGUUUGCUGUUACAUUUGUCUGUUGGCACUGAAUGCCAUCCAUUUCUACAUUCUAUGAAAACCUUUUAUUUACUUUGAUACCAUGAUAAUUGGUAGCCUAAGAAUAUUCAUAUGAAACUAUGUAGUUAGUUGGUUGCAUGUUAAAAUGUGUGUUGCCAUUUAAAUUGUGUCCAUUUUAUGCAGGGUGAUUUUUUUAAUGUUUUAUGUUAUUUAUAAUUUUUACCCUAUUUACCAUAAAUGUGAGUCUUUUUUGACAAGUUUCCUUGACUUUAAGCCUGUAUGAUUUACUUAUGCUGUAACAACUUCCUUACGUAUUGCAAAAUAAGUUAUAUAAGUGUCUAUUUUUUGUUUUUCAAACAAUUAAGUAGGCAACCAGCACUGACUAAAUGAUUCAAACAUCAAAAUUAAAUGCUAACUUUUUGUGGCAAGUUUUAAAAUUAGCCUGCCAGCUUCUAAAUAACCCACUUAAUAAACCAAUUAAUGACUGGAAAUUUGGUGGUUGCUUUUGUUACUAAAUGGAAAUUCUUUGAGAAAUAUCCAGCUUUAAACUGAACAAUCUUCAGUCCCAGGCUUAAAGUUGAGAAAAGUGUUUGAGACAGACUUGGUUGAUAUUACCCUAUUGUAUGGUUGUUUAUGACUUGUUAAGUCCCACCACCUUGACACACAAACCAGAAGUUCAUUUGUAACUGAACGUUUAAACAUGAUGAUAUGAACAUGAUUUUGACACAGAAAAUGUUGUUUAACAGAUCCUCAUAAUUAUUUAACAUAAUUAUGCAAAAAAACUUAUUUUUUUAUUCAAAGUACACUUCAAAAAAAAAAGAUUAUGUAAACAUUUUUUUUCAGUCUGUUAAUGAGAAAAUAUCGAGCAACUGUGUGGGGCUUAACAUUAUGUGGUGAACGUACAUGUAGCUGCAACAUUUUUUGUUGCACCAUGUUCUGUGAACCCUGGACUUCCCAGUUUGAAUUCCAUGACAUAUUCAUUUUGUCCAGCAAAUUUUUCUAGUAGAUUUCUGUUGUCAUAGCUAUGUUGAAUAAAACAUUUUGUACAGUUCA